AUGUCUACACAUUGCAACUUUGUAUGCAGCAGUUGUAAAAAUUCAACUAAUUCAACUCAUCUUAGAUCGCAAUUCGUUAGGGGAAUUCGCGACAAUGAUAUUCGUGAACGACUCUUACAACAAGAUGCUAGCAAAACUUUCGAAGAUGCAGUUAAACUUGCACUGUCAAUAGAAUCUUCGAAGAUCGAAAGCAAAUGUUUCAAAUGUGGCCAAACUAGUCACAAAGCUAAUACAUGCCCACACAAAAAUCUUAAAUGCCACAAAUGCAAGAAGAGUGGACACGUUCAAGAAGUUUGCUUCGGUGACAAAAUAGCUGAAAAUCGUGCUAUCGGAAUUUCUACAUACGAUUACGAUAACGAUGAAACCGAUUCCGAUGCUCUUGAGGACAUCAACACUAUACAAAUAGUACAAGUGAACAACAUACAUAAUGAAAAAUUCAUGAUAAAUGUUAACAUCGAAGAUGCACAAUGCUUAAUGGAAGUGGAUACGGGUGCGGCGGUCUCAACAAUGUCAUUACAAUGUCAAGAAAAAUUACUUCCGGAUAUUAGACUAAAGCCGACUUCAUUACAAUUACGAACGUAUACGGGUGAAAUAAUACAUCCUGUCGGUAAAGCUAAAGUGAAUGUCUCGCAUAAGAGCACAGUAGUACAAUGUGAUUUAUACGUCAUUAAUGCAAAAGUAGAUGCGAUACUUGGCCGAGAAUGGUUUCGAAAAUUAGAAUUGAAUAUACUAGACUUGAAAUCACUUGUAAGUGAAAUGAACGAAAGUCAAUGCAAGAACGAGAUUGACAAAAUCUUAAAUGACUACAAUGACAUUUUCGUAGAAACUACCGGCAAAAUUCCAAAUUACAAAUGUAAACUAGAACUCCAAGAAAACAUGACCCCAAAAUUUAUAAGACAUCGUCCCGUUCCAUACGCGUUAAAAGAUAGAAUCGAAAAUGAAUUAUCACGGUUAGAAAACAGUGGGACAAUUGAAAAGGUAGAGUUUUCGCAGUGGGGUACACCCAUCGUCCCAGUAGUAAAGAAGAACGGCGAUAUUCGCUUAUGUGCCGAUUAUAAAAUCACAAUCAACAAGGCUAUCAAAGAUGACAGCUACCCGAUACCGACAGUCGAUGAUAUCUUUGCAAAAAUGAGCGGUGGAAAAUACUUUAUGGCACUGGAUCUACACCAAGCCUAUUUACAUAUGGAAGUGGAUGAAAACACUUCAAUACUACAAGCAAUAAGUACACAUAAAGGCACUUACAAGGUAAAGCGACUGAUGUUUGGUGUGAAAGCAGCCCCGAAAAUUUGGCAGAGAUUUAUGGAUUCAAUUCUUCAAGACAUCGAUGGAGUAUCAUGCUUUUUUGACGACAUUAAACUACAAGGAAGUACCUAUGAAGAGCUGCUAGAUUUGAUUACGAGAUUCGAUAUGGAAACACCAACACCAGCAUCUACCAUACCAACACCAGCACCUACCACAUCAUCACCAGCCAUUACGUAUACACCACCGGAAGUGUCAACAUCACCAAAACCUAAAUCAAGCAGCCAACCAAUCGCUCAUCAACCCUCUGCACCAGCAAGCCCAAGGCGGUCUAAGAGAACGAGAAGAGCACCAAACCGUCUCGACUUAUAA